CGCGAAGGCAAAGAAGAAUUAUGGGAUUUAUUAGGGUUUAAUUAGGGUAACCUAGGGUCAAUUAAUUACGUUUAAUUAUGGGAUUGAUUAGUGGGUUAAUUAUGAAAUUCAUUAGGUGUUUAAUUGGAUAGCAGGGAGACCCGCGCUACUAGGGUGAUAGCGGAGAUCAAAUGGACGCGGCUGGCGGUGGGAUGGAGAUAGCACAUCAAAUGGUAACCCAGGGCCUGCUGGCGCGGGAGGUUUGAUGCGAGAUUCAGAAAGGAGAUGGGUAGCCGGUUUUGUGGCUAACAUUGGUGAGGCCACGACUGCCCUUUCCGAGCUGUGGGCGUUCUUUUAUGGGCUGGUUUUGGCUUGGAAGUAUGGAAUCAGAGCUCUGAGGAUUGAGUCGGACUCUCAACUAGACAUUCAGCUUAUCAACAGUCGCCAUGAUCCGGUACACCCUUAUGCUACCUUGCUUGCGGCUAUUCGUAGGAAGCUAGGACAGGACUGGUUGGUGAACAUCACUCAUACAUACCGAGAAGGGAAUAGAGCCGCAGACUGGCUCUCGAAGCACAGUCUCGUCUAUCCCUACGAUAUGCAUGAGCUUGUGAACCAGCCUCAUGGACUAGCUUCGAUUCUUCAAGAUGACCUCAUGGGUAUCGCUUUUGAGCGCAGAGUUGUAGCUACUUCUUCUUCCUCCUCCUCUCGCCUGUAAUCUCCCUUUCCUGGCCUCUGGCCUCCUUUUAUGAAGAAAAAAAAAAAUAGGUAUUUAAUUAAGGUGACUUAGGGUCAAUUAAUUAUGGAAUUGAUUGUGUGUAAAUCUAGAUUAUGUCAAUCAUUUUUUGCCAAAAAAAAAUCGAUCUCGGAAUUUAAAAAGAUUAUAUCGCAAAAUUUUUAUUUAAAAAUUAAGACGAACUAUACAAAAAUUAACAUGAACAAAUUAUACUAAGAUGAUCAUAAAUAUAUUUUUGAGUAAAGAGAAAUUAGAAAAAAGUGAGGUCCACAUAUUUGAAAAUGGUAGUAUUGGAGCAAAAAUAAUGAAAAUGGGCAUCAUCGCCAAAUUAGGAGACGAAGGUCCCUGGCUAAUAAUUUUGUAGUAUUAUGAAAGAUUUGGCUAAUAUUUCGUAUUCUCAAAGGUUUGGCUAAUAUUUUAUAAUCCGUGAAAGGUUUGGCUAAAAAAUAGUAUUUGUCACUAUAAAUUUUUUAAAAAUAUUUUUUAAUUGACAUGGCGCUGAUGUGCCAAACAAGUGGAAUGACGAUUAGCUUAUGUGUAAUUCUGUUAAGUAUAACGUUAACGGGAAAUAAGCGUUAUGAAAUAUUUGGCUAAUAUUAUAUUUUUAAAGGUUUGGAUAAUAUUUUAGAAUCCAUGAAAGAUUUGGUUAAAAAUAAUAAUUACCUAAUAAUCAAUAUAUGGAAUACUACUUCUAUUGGAGAAGGCAUUUCUCUGCCAGAAUAAAUGCAUCCAGAUAUGCAAUUGUCUAAGAAUGAAUUUUUAAGGAACAAAAAAUUGUAAUAGUCAGAUGGGAAUGGGAAGGGUUGAACGUGGUCCGUGGGAGACUCGAGUAGCAGGGCUAGAGGCCCAUCUCAUAAAUUCAUAAUUCCGCCGCUUGUUUAGUGAAAGACUAAAUGAUCCUUCUGUGAGCUGCGCAUGAGUCAGAAAAAAUGAAUUUGAGUAGGUGUGGACUGUGGAGGAAGAAUAAGGGUGGAAAUUGGGAUGGGUGUUGUUAUCCGCUCCACAUUUUGCGGGUAACCACACCCACAAAUAUAGAAUUAUGCUAUCCACAACUCGUCCCGUAGUAGGAAGUGGUUAAUAUAGAAUUAUGCUACCCACAAUCCGUCUCACAGUGGGCAGGGCCGGCCCAUAAUAUUUCGAGGCCCUGUUCAAAAUUUUAAAAUGUGGUCCUAAAUUUUUUUCGUUGUAAAUUUAUUAAAAAUAAAAAUUAUUAAAUAAUAAUAAUAAAUACGUAAGUUUAAAAAAUGAUUAAGGCCUCUUUUCCGUGGCUCUUGGCUGCAAUAAGCAUGAUUUUGUCACAAUUAAUUAGAACAAAUAUGACUUAUUAAAGGACCAACUAAUCUAUUAACUUUCUUUUAAAUUAGGUCCAUUAACAAAUCCAUUUAAUUUCUUUUUAAUUUGGACCCACUGAAAAACUAAUCAAUUCAUUCUCUUUUAAAUUUGGCCCAUAAAUCCUUACAUGGCCCAUAUAAACGAGUUAAUAACUAUUUCUUUUAACUUAGGCCCACACGUAAUUUUCUGCCAUAUCAACGAAUUAAAAUUUUGGGCUCAUGCCAUAUAAAUGAAUCAUUAACGAGGCCCUUAAAAUUAUGAGGCCCUGUGCUGUGGGUCUGACCAGCACAUGGCCUGGCCCGGGCCUGACAGUGGGUAGUACUAUUCGCCGCGGGUUGGUUGUGGAUACCCAUAAAAAUUUUACGUUAAAUAUAUAAUAUGGUAAUUAAAUAGUGAUGUUGUAUUUCUUCUCACAUAAAAACAAAAAACAUACAUAUAUGAAAGUUAAUAAAGGGUUAAAUAAAUU